CUUCUCCCUGCAGAGACCUUUGAUCAACCACAACAUAUUGAAGCUUGUUUAAGGAGUUUAUUCCUUAUAUGCCAUCUUAUACACUACGACUGCAAAGGGUAAUCUCACAUAUUUUAUCGAUUUUCGGACACAAAUUGGGACACGAUGUCAACGAACGCAUCUGAUAACAACCCGCCAACAGCUGCGUCUGGUGGCGAUAGCUCGGCGUCGAGUGGGACUCCAGCCCCAUCUACGAGCACCACCGCGACAACCGCCACGAGCACUUCAACCCAGACCACCAGCACAGCAACGCCUGUCACCACAUCGGCCACGACUGCCUCCUCAUCCUCAUCAGCCGAGGAGUCUCUUGUUUGCCGGUGGGGAACCUGCAAUGAAAGGUUUACCCAGGCAGAACUCCUUUAUGAGCAUAUCUGCGAACGCCAUGUCGGCCGUAAAAGCACUAACAACUUGAACUUGACUUGCCAAUGGAACUCUUGCAGAACCACAACUGUCAAGCGCGAUCACAUCACGUCGCACAUUCGUGUGCACGUGCCUCUGAAGCCACACAAAUGUGACUUUUGCGGCAAAUCGUUUAAGCGACCGCAGGAUCUGAAGAAGCAUGUCAAGACGCAUGCCGAUGACUCCGUUCUGGUCAGAUCACCUGAUCAGCACGCAGGCAUGGGAGGCGGUUAUAGGCCUCAAUCCAAAGCUCCUUCUAGCUACUAUGAUCACAAUGGCCAGAUCCGUACUAACUCGGCCGCCUUUGGCCAGCCGCAUCCUGGCAGCCAUCCUAGUAGCUACUAUCAGCACCAGCCUUCUUCCUAUGGUGGACCUAUGUACUACCAGCCCUUAGGUAGCCGCGGUGAUCAUAUUGGAUACCAGGCUGCUGCUGCCGAGUUUGACAGCCGUAAGCGCACAUAUGAUAUGCUCAAUGAGUUCUUUGGCGAUGCCAAGCGCCGUCACCUUGACCCUGCGUCCUAUGCGCAGGUUGGUCAGAGAUUGAUGCCGCUACAUGGCAAUCUCUCUGCUUUAGCGUCAGAGUACAUGCCCGCACCUCAAGCUGUUGCUGUCGGGGGCGGUGCUAGCGACCCAUAUGCCCAACACUAUACUCUGCCUCCUAUGCCCAGCAUUCGCACCAAGAGCGAUCUUAUCCAGAUCGACCAGAUCCUGGAGCAGAUGCAGAGCACCGUCUACGAGAACUCUAACACAGCUGCCGCCGCUGGUAUCCACCAACCUGGUUCUCACUACGUGCCUUUGGCUUUCCGAAACAGUCACUCGCCGCCUCAAACAACCAGCACUUCUCACCACCCCUCUCUGCCAGCUUACUCGCAACCUCAGAACAUGGCAUCACCCCUGACUGCUGGCUCGUCAACUCACUCGAACGGCACACCCGCUGUAACACCUCCCAGCAGCAGCAUGUCAUACACCUCUGGGCACUCCCCUAGCGCCUCGUCGUCCGGCCUUUCGCCCACUUCCCGCCACAGCUCUACAUCGGCAUUAUACCCUACGCUGCCGGCCGUGACUUCUGGCUACCCGGGACAAUCCGCCACGUCCACUUUGGGACCUACCUUUGAUCCCGACCCGCGCCGUCGAUACUCUGGUGGCAUGUUGCAGCGGGCCAACCCCGCCCGCCGUUCAAUCGCCGAGGAUCGCGAAACCACCCCCAAGGCAAGCGAGUCGGUCGUUAGCUCACCCUCAGCCGAGUCGUCUGCCGACGGUGACGACUCGGCAUACGAGGCCUGGUUAGAGAACGUGCGCGUUAUUGAAUAUCUCCGCGAAUACGUUAUUGAGCGCCUUAAGCGCGAGGACUACGUUACUGAUUCUCCUGUUUCCUCCGAUUCUAUGGAGAUUGACUCGCCCCCCAGGCAGCCUGCUUAUCCUUCACUUCCUUUGGAGGCUUAGGCUUUUCUCUGAGGCUUGCAACGUUCUCUGAGCAUGUAUGGCUUGAUUUAUUUCUCAUUCUAGGCGUUGGCGUGUAUGGAUACUUUGGAUGAGGAUUUUUAUGAUUACCCAAUGAAAUGAACUGUACUGAGAUAAGGGAAUGCGGAUUAUGGUAGGAGAAACACAAAAAUGGAUAAGGAAUUUGAGGAUAUGACAUCAGAAAGUGUUAGUUCCUUGACGAAUCGCAUUAUUUUCGAUUGUCGA